AUUGCCGUCCCUCCCACCUCCAUCCGGAAAUCACUUCCUGGGACUUGUUUGCUCUGUGGGUUAGCCGCGGAAGUGUUUGUCUAAGUGGCGUUUUUUCAUUCUCUCUGUGCCUAUAGGAUAUUGAGACUGGGCGUGUGAGGUUUUAGCCCAAGAUAGCAAAGGUUUUGUUGACUUGAAGAUGAGGGUGACUGAAAAUUAAAGCAGGGAAGCUUAGGGAUCCCCCCACUUCGCUACCCCAGAAACCGUCCUUUGAUAGUAUUACUUUACUCGUGGCGUCUGCUAUGUGUCUGUCCUCAAGGCGCUUCCUCAAAUUUAAAAGCAAAAAGACUUUAACAAGACAAAAAUCGAUAGCCUGUUAGUUUAGCAGUUGGAGUGGAAAUCAAUUAAGUCAGCUGAGGAAAAAAGAGGCAAGGCUGGUAAUGGGACUUAAUUUGUUCAAUUCACUGCCAGAGCCUUGCUUCUUUAGCCUUGCUUUUAAUUACUGUGUCGUCUGUGCUGGAGCUAGAGAAUCACGCUGGCUUGAAUCAUCAGCUGAUAUACGAAACAGAGCUGGAAAAAGAUGGAAAUAGAGUGGUUACCAGUGACUCAGAAACUGAGCUUCCGAAAAUUUAUUGAACAGUCUGACUUACUAGAAGAACUGAAAUAUGACUUCAAUGAAAAAGCGGAGUUGAGACACACUGAGACAAAUGGGCCUUUUGCCUUUAACUUUUACAGAAAUGGCCUGGAGAGGAACAGCAAGCGCUACUGGGCCCUGGGCCGUUUGCUUGAACAAUACAUUUAUGAACUUUUGGAGAAAGUGUGCAAAUUACAAAAAGUAUAUAUCCCACCAGAGGCUGAUGAGGAGCCAAGAAGCUUCUUUUUCAUGAGUGAAAGAGCAUUGUCAAGUCAUCAUUCUGCUCUUCUUGUCCUCCUUCAAGACCACGGGGUCGUUAGAGCUGGUCAGUGGAGUCAGCAGGCAAUAAUACAUCAUGGUCUCCAACAUGGAAGUCAGAUACCGUGUAUUCAGAUGGCACUGCAGGCACAUUAUGAUGUAAUUGUGCUAAACCCCAAUGACAAUUUUGUGGACCAGCAGACAGGAAAAGAGUGGAAAGGACUUGUAACACAGAAUGUUGAGUCCUCUUCCAGAACAAUGGUUCAGGCAGAGAGCUUCUCUCUCCAGGAGCCUCUCCAGUGUAUCCCAAAAAGAGGCAGCAACACCCCUGCAGAACACAUGGCUCAGGUUUGGGAUUGCUUCAUUUCAAAGACCGAAGGCAAGGAUGUUGCCUUCAUCGUACAUGGUCACGGAGGCUUGGUUUUCAUGGACUUGCUUGUUCGUAAGAAGUGGGACGUGAUGAGCAAAGUGUACGCUGUUGCACUUAUUGACUCUGAACAUCACAUAGGACACCAGUUGGGAAGUGAUGUCCAGUUAUUAGAAUGGAUAAAGCAGCACUGCCGUGAAUGGGUGACAAGUCCGAAGCCUUUGGAUAAACCUGCAACAACCAUUUUGAGAAAGGAGUUUCCUACAGUUUCUGCUGGUACAGAAAAACACAACUUAGCCCCUUCCUCUAGCCUUCAGUCUAUUUUUAAAUACUUUAGAAAAGCUUUGAAAGCCAAAGCAGCUAUUAAUUUCUCUCGAGUGUCCAUAGUGACUAGAAGCUCUACAAAAAGAAAGCAAAGUGCUUAAGUUACUUUUUUUUGUCAUCUAAGAUUGUUUUGUCCUACUGAAACUUUGCUAAUGUAGAUGCUAGAAGAGAAGAACACUUCCAACUCACAUGCAGUGUUAUGUUCUGACUUCAAGUCUGAUUUGUUGACUUUUUUUAAGUAAAUAUGUUUUGCAAAUAUGUUCUGUAGCCUACUGAUGAACCAGGAAGUCAGUACCAUCAUUAAUAUUUUACAAUAUUAGUCAAAGUAGUGUUGUUAGACGAUCUUCUUAGGAAAAGAUUUCAUAUGGUUUAAUAGAAUGACGCCAAAACUAUAUUGAUAGAAAUUAAAUAUUAAGUCAAUCUUUGACUUCUGUAUUAUUAACGCUAUAUUAAAAUUAUAAAUGAAAAUAAAAUUAAGUAUCAUAAGGUGACUCCA